GAUUACUCUCAGAUGGUGAGCGGCAAAAUCUCCAGUAGUCACUCAUCGUCGUGACCUGGUGGGAUGGAUAUUGUGCUGGAUGUCUAGGAGUUUCUUCAGUGGUGAAUUAAUAAUGUGGGGGAAUAUCACCAAGAUUAUGCGCACUUGAGUGAGAAAUACUAUUUGUUGAAUUAAUGUUUGCAGUCUUUAACAGACUUGCGAUAGUUCUUGACUCGAUAAAUCCAGUAUCACUCCUUCAUUCGUCUUCCUGACGAUUCAUGAGCUGGUGGUCGGCAUGGAAAAAUACAGUGGACAAUGUGAAUCCGGAAAAUUCCGACAGUUCAUUACGACUUUAAUUGUGAAUAUCAUCGCGUUAUCAAAUGGGAUAGUGUUAGGAUGGGCCUCACCGGUGAUGCCCCAGCUGCGGACAGUUGACACCCCGGUGGGGUCAACCCCGUUGACGACCGAGCACAUUUCCUGGUUGAACGGAGUGCUUCCCCUGGGUGCUCUGACCAUUCUCCCCUUCUGCAGCAUCAUCACCGAGAAAUUCGGCAGGAAGAUAGCUCUCUGUCUGGGGGCUAUUCCUGCGAUUGCAUGUUGGCUCCUCAAGGUUUGCGCCACUAGCUACACCUACCUUUUGCUGGCUCGUUAUGCAGCUGGCAUGUCCAUGGCGAUGCUGAUGCUCAUGAUUCCCCUGUACAUCGCUGAAAUAACAGCGGACAGCAUCCGAGGACAAAUGGGAUGUAUUCUCCUGUUUGCUGUUAAGAUUGGAAUUGUUGUUGGGUAUGUCCUGGGGGCGACCCUGUCGUACCGGGUGUUUGCUAUCUGUGGACUCAUGAUGCCGAUCGUAUUCCUGGGGCUUUUCGUUUUCAUGCCGGAAACACCGACUUAUCUCGUCAGGAAGGGGAAAAUUACCGAGGCCAAGAGAUCAUUAAUGUGGCUGAAGAAUAAUGACGAGACAGCAGUGGAGCGUGAACUCCUUCACUUGCAGUCCCUCGUGAAAGAGUGCUCCAGUACAAAAAAAUCUGUUGGCUUCCGGGAUCUCUUCAGGGAUCGAGGAACGACGAAAGGUUUUAUUAUUUCUCUGGGACUCCUCUGUGGCCAGCAGACGUCCGGUAUUUUCGUAGUGUCCCAGUACACCGCGUAUAUCCUGGAGCAAGCAGAGAGCUCCUUGAAGCCGAAUGCAGCGACAAUUAUAAUCGGUAUAGGGCAGAUCGUGGGGUCGUGCCUGUCGACGAUGACGAUGGAGAGAGCAGGCAGAAGAUCCCUGAUCUUCAUCUCCUGCGCAGGGAUGUCAAUUUGUUAUACGAUGAUUUCCACGUUUUUGUUACUCCGCGAGUUGGACCUGAAUAUCUCGUCAUUCGGUUGGAUUCCAGUGGUGGCCCUGUCCGGGUGGUCCAUCCUCUACUGCAUCGGGAUGAGUCCAGCACCACUGGUCGUCGCCUCAGAAAUCUUCAGCCCUGAUAUCUCUAGCUUCGCCAACUCUGUGUCGAUGGUCUUCAUGUGGAUCUGCGCAUUUUUACUCGUCAAGUAUUUUCCUAUUGUCGAGGAGAUGCUCGGCCUGCACGUCUGCUUCAUAUUACUGGCCUCAUGCUGCAUGGCCACUUUGGUAUUCACUUACUUCCUCGUCCCUGAAACCAAGGGCAGGAACAUCGAGUCGAUUAUCGAUGAAUUGAACGGCUCCACCGGGAAAUUCGAGCAGAGUCGACGACUCGAGGCCGCCACGGAGAUGAUCAAGAUCGAUAAAAAAUCCAACGUUUGAGAUUACUCUUGACGAUGAUUUCCACGCAAUCGUCCGUCCAAUUUGUUGAUAAUUAUUGAUUUAUAGGCGAAAUCAUUUUUAGUUUCGAUUAAAAAAUUUUAAGCUCCACUCAGACACUUGUCGUCAAGUUUAAAAGGAAGUUGAAUUUUUUAUGGAAAAACUAUUUAUUGUAAAAAUUAUCGAUGAUGAAUGAUUUUUUAGGAGGUGUCAUUUUUUUAUCACUGUCGACCAUUUCUUGACGAAUUGGUAUUUCCAUCGACUGAUGAUCACCCAGAGGUUUAGAUAUUUGUAAGUGGAUUAGAGGAAUGGGAAAAUAAUUUAAUUAACUCAGGACUUAAAUAUAAAAAUGUUCGGAUAAAACUCCGAGUAAAUGCAGUUUUAUUACCACAAUUUUACAUGGCAUGUGAAUAAAAUUGAAAUUUAUAUUUAA